AUGGCGGCAGAGGUGGCACCGCUUCAACUGCUGAAGCUGCCCUCGGGGCCUUCUCCCAUAACAGCUGAGCAGCGCUAUUGGAAGACCUUCAAGAACCAGCUCAUCCUCCCGUCGCCAACGCAAGUUGCCGUCACAGACAUCACCGUCCCGGCCGCGAACCCGACCGCCUUAGGGGCCUCCAACAACGACUACUUUGCUGUGACCACAGGUCUGAGGGUCCAGAUCUACUCGAUAAGGACCAGGAAGCUAGUCAAGACGAUCACACGCUUUGGCGACAUUGCGCGCAGUGGCGAUGUGCGGCGAGACGGGCGCAUCAUGGUGGCUGGUGACGAUAGCGGGAAAAUACAGGCGUUUGACAUAGGGAGCAGGGCGAUUCUCAAGACGUGGACCGAACACAAGCAGCCCGUAUGGACGACCAAGUUCUCACCAGCCGAUCUCACCACUCUCAUGAGCGCAAGUGACGACAAGACCGUGCGGUUAUGGGAUCUGCCCUCCCAAGAAAGCACCUCUACGUUCGUCGGUCACGGCGACUACGUCCGCUCAGGAUGCUUCAUGCCGGGAACCAUGUCCAACAUGCUAGUCUCCGGUAGCUACGAUACGACCGUCAAACUUUGGGAUCCGCGAACACCAAAGACGGCCGUCAUGACAUUCAAGCACGCUGCGCCUGUGGAAGAUGUCCUGCCUCUACCCUCCGGGACGACCGUCCUUGCCGCCGCCGGAAACCAGAUAUCAGUGCUCGACUUGGUGGCAGCUAAGCCGCAGCAUAUCAUCUCCAACCACCAGAAGACCGUCACCUCUCUUUCAUUAGCGUCCAAUGGUCGCCGUCUCGUAUCCGGCGCACUCGACGGGCACGUCAAGAUCUUCGAGACCACCGGCUGGAAUGUUGUCGCCGGCGCCAAGUACCCGUCGCCUAUUCUUGCCGUGCAAGUAGUAACCGCUGGUGCCAAUAAUGACGACCGGCAUCUGGCUGUGGGCAUGGCGUCCGGCGUCCUCUCUCUGCGGACCCGCCUAUCAGGGCCCGAAGCCGCCCGCGACCGUGAGCGCGAGAAGGAGAUGUCCGCACUGCUAGCCGGCACGAUCGCCGCGCACGACAAGUCGAAGAACAAGCGCAAGCGCCGGCAGGGCGCCACCAAGCGGCUGGACAUGGUGGGCGAGGGCGCAGACGUGGUGAUCGCCAACGACCUGUCGCGGCCGAAGCGGGAGACGGCCUGGCAGAAGGACCUGCGGCACGGGCGCUUCGGCAAGGCGCUGGACCGCGUGCUGGACCCCUCGGCCAAGGACCACAGCCCCCUGACGGUGCUCACGGUACUGAUAGCGCUCCGCCACCGCAGCGGCCUGCGCGACGCCCUCGAGGGCCGCGACGAGAACACCGUCCAGCCCGUGCUGACGUGGGUGCAGACGCACAUCAUCGACCCACGCUACCUCGGCAUCUGCGCCGACGUCGCCACGCACCUGCUUGACUUGUACGCCGAGUUCGUGGGCGGCAGCGCGGAGCUCGAGGCCGGCUUCAAGGCGCUGCAUCGGCGCGUGAAGGUCGAGGUCGAGAGGGCGCAGAUGGCCACGCAGACGGGCGGCAUGCUGGGCAGUCUGCUGUUGGGCAUGGAUUAG